AUGGCACCAUUGAGGAGCACACUUUACGGUGUGCUGCUGGUCCUCGCUCUUUUGUUGAACCUCUCCUACACAGAAGCCUUCAAGACCAACAUCGACAGCGUGGGUGUCAAGGAUCAAUGCGGUGGCAUGUACGCGACGACGCCAGGAAAGAAUGACAGUGUAAUUAAAGUCGUCAUGGGCCGAGAGUCAGUCGGACAUGCAGUUGUUGUUGUCUUUGAGUGGAACGACCUCAAGUACAUUGGAAAGGCAGACGCCAACGGUGAAAAAGUGUAUGUCUGCGACACUCAGGCCCAGACAGAUGGACUUUGCACUGAGGCACAGUUGGGCCAGCCUAUCAUCGACACUACGGAAUCGACUAGUAUUGGCUGGCAUCCACUUGACUUUACAGCCGAAGAAACCAAAGGCGUCCAGUUCUAUGAGUACGUAGCUGAGCGGACAGGAUAUUACUGCGUGAUUGUCUGGACGGUCAAUGUCAACGAUCUGGAUUCUUACUAUACUGGAGUCCUCGAAUUCAACAACAAAUACGGAACGCUGGCUGGAUCCGACUUUCCCAAGCUGCCCUUCUACGGCGCGUUGUCGUUGGUCUACAUGACCAUCGGUAUUUGCUGGAUGGUCCUUUGCGCUAAGCACUGGCGUGAGAUUUUGACUGUUCAGCAUUUCAUAUCAGGAGUCAUCUUUUUCUUGAUGGUCGAGAUGGCAUUCAACUGGGGUUACUGGGACGACUACAACAAGGCUGGCGAAUCCUCGGUCGCAUUGUUGGUCCUUGUUUCCAUCCUGAACUCUGGACGCAACAGUUUGUCGCUCUUCAUGUUGCUGAUCGUCUCCAUGGGCUACGGUGUUGUAAAGCCUACACUUGGAAGCACCAUGAAAAAGGUCAUUAUUUUGAGUUUGGCCCAUUUCCUCUUUGGAAUCAUCUACUCUGCAGGAACCAUGUCCCCCGUUGACGACGUGAGCACGAUGAUCGUGCUCAUGGUCGUUGUACCUCUAUCCCUGACCAUGACCAGCUUUUACAUCUGGACCCUUCAAUCGUUGACCUCUACGAUCGCCACUCUCAACUUGCGCCGUCAGACUGAGAAGGUCAAGAUGUACACGCGUCUCUGGCGCCUGUUGGUCUUUUCACUUUCGGUCCUUUGCGUCUUCUUUGUCUUUAACACCCUCAACUUUAUGAACAUGAGCCAGGACGACUGGCCUGCUAACCACUGGCGCAUCAAGUGGUUCCUCUUGGAUGGCUGGUUGAACAUUCUGUACCUGAUUGUUUUCACCGUCAUUGUCAUCUUGUGGAGACCCACUGAGAACAACAAGCGCUACGGAAUCGAGCAAUUGGAGACUGAGGACUUUGACGAGACUGACGAGCACGCAGACCACAACAAUGCUCGCGCAGCGGAAUCCAUGGGAUUGACUGGCAUGAAGCUCCGUCCCCAGCGUCGCGACUAUGAACUGGAUGGCGACGAGGCAGCCAUGUUUGAUAUUGGCGAGGAGGAGGACGACGAGGAAGAAGAGGACGAUCGGGAUGAUGAUGACAUUGAGGGUGGACACCGUCCUGGUGUUCAGCGUUUGAACUCUAGCAGCGGAGCAGGAGGUUCCUCUUCUCGUGGCCCAUCACCUGCUUACAGAGCUUCACCUGUCAUUGGUUCUGCGGCUGAGGAAGCUGAGAGAGAACGAGUCCGUUUGGAAGUGUCCAAGAUGAAUUAA